AUGCGGAUGAGCUGCCUAACACCGCCGAGACUCGAAUGCUGCCCCUCCAGCGGCCCCGUUGUGGCUGUGCGCAGGUGGUGCGCGGCGGCGGCGGCGGCGGCGGCGGCGGAGGGCGGCGACUGCCGCAUGGCGCCGGGCGCCGUGGAGAACGUGACGCGACUGGAGAACGUGACGCACACCAUCUCGUGCCUGCUCAAGAACUACGACAUCCGCCUGCGGCCCAACUUCGGCGCUUAUGCGAAGAACAAUGAAAACCGCAAAGCAGCAAACAAAGAACUGAGGAACACCGGAAGACACGAAGACAUUAGGAUGAUAGAGGAGGCAGAUGCUGCGACGGCGGAUGUGGUCGGUCGCGAGGAAUGGCCAUCAGGAUCAGAGGAAGUGGCGAGAGAAGGGAAGGAAGAUGUUAUCAGGAUUAUCAGCAACGAUAGCAACAGACACGAGUUGGCUGAAAAGGCGAGAUGGCGCAGCGGGCGCGGGCCGAGUACUGCACUGAGCUGCGUUCGAGAAGAGAGCGACAAAGGCAAAGAAGACAAAGACACUGACAAACAAGACAAUAAUCGCAGCAAACAAAAAGUUUGA